AUGGCCAUACAGUUUGACGUCAACAAGAGGCGCGAGACCAGCCUAGAAGCUGGAGUCCAGAAUGAGAAACCUGACCCGAAUGCCAGUGCCGUUGGUACCGAGUCACCACCUCCCUUCCUCCUUGACAAAGAAAGCCUAGACCGGCUCGGCCGCGAACGACCAGAUGUCUUCCCCAACCGCUGGAUCGAGCUGGGGUUCUGCUUCUGCUUGCUCUCGUCGGAACUUCUUGCUGAAUACUUCGUCAGCGGGUUCAAUAACCUGCUCCCGCAUAUCACAGCGGCGCUGGACAUUCCCCCCGGCUCGCAGACAUGGCCAGCAAGCGUCUUCUCCCUCGUGACGGGCGCGUGCCUGCUCCCGAUCGCCCGGCUGGCAGAUAUUUACGGCCCGCGUCUUGUCUUCAACGCCGGCCUCAUCUGGUACAUCGUCUGGUCGUUCAUCGCGGGUUGGAGCGUUAAUUAUAAGAUGCUCGUCGUGUGCCGUGCACUGCAAGGACUGGGUCCGGCUGCAUUCUUGCCGGCUGGUAUCAUGUUGAUAGGAAGCAUCUACCGACCCGGCCCGCGCAAGAACCUGGUGUUCAGCCUCUACGGGGCGUUUUCGCCCGUAGGAUUCUAUGGGGGGAUCUGCGUCAGCGGGCUGUCUGAUAGUGGUCGUCGUCCUGGUCGUCUCCCUGACCUCAAGAUGGAUUGGUGGGGGUGCUGCACCAUCGUGCCCGGGCUGAUCCUGCUCGUCUUCGCGGUUACCGAUGGAUCGCAUGCACCGGAUGGUUGGAGGACCCCGUACGUUCUCGUGACGUUUCUCCUCGGAAUAGCGCUACUUGCCGCAGCAUUUUACAUCGAGGGCUGGGUUGCGUCCGAGCCGCUGCUCCCUUUUGAUGUCUUCAAGGUCAAGUCGAUGAGCCCGCUCUUCGUUGCGCUGUCAUUCUCGUACGGUGUAUUCGGGAUCUACCUGUUCUACGCCAGUUUCUACAUCCAAGACAUCCUUGGCCAUAACUCUUUGAUUUCCGCCGCCUGGUUCGCCCCCAUGGCCGCCGGGGGCGUAAUCCUCGCCACGGUUGGCGGUUUCACCCUGCACCAUCUGCCCGGAAAACUUCUUCUCCUGAUCUCCGGCGCCGGCUACCUCGUUUCAAUGCUGCUGUUUGCCAUCAUUCCAGACAAUCCCAACUACUGGGCAUACGUGUUCCCGGCCAUGGUGGCCGCAACAGUUGGCGUGGAUAUCGGGUACAGUGUCUCGAACAUCUUCAUUACAACCAACUUGCCUCAAAACCGGCAGGGCGUAGCGGGCGCCAUAAUCAACACGAUCGUAUUCGCCGGGAUCAGCUUCUUCCUCGGCUUGGCGGAUCUGGUCGUCGCGGAGACGAAGGAUUUAGGAGCUGCUGGGAGCUACAAAGCUGCGUUUUGGUUUGGAGUCGCUUGCUCGGGCGUUGCGAUUUUGCUGCUGGUGUUCAUUCGCGUCGGAAAGGCGCAGAGUGACCUAACUGUUGAGGAGAGGAUCCAGCUGGCCGCGUCGUUGGCUGUGGGGGAUGUUACGCCGGAGCAGUUGGCUGCGGCCGGGCAUUCGAGCUGA